AUGGGCAGUGCACCAUGGGCCAAGGACAAGAGGCGUGCUCGUUUUGACCGGGGCUCUGAACCACACUGCGACAGAAUGUUUCUGUACCUGGGAUACUGGCCUCCUGUGUGUCUGUACCUGGGAUACUGGCCUCCAGUGUUUCUGUACCUGGGAUACUGGCCUCCUGUGUGUCUGUACCUGGGAUACUGGCCUCCAGUGUUUCUGUACCUGGGAUACUGGCCUCCUGUAUUGUUGCUGUACCUGGGAUACUGGCCUCCAGUGUGUCUGUACCUGAGAUACUGGCCUCCUGUGUGUCUGUACCUGAGAUACUGGCCUCCUGUGUGUCUGUACCUGAGAUACUGGCCUCCUGUGUGUCUGUACCUGAGAUACUGGCCUCCUGUGUGUCUGUACCUGAGAUACUGGCCUCCUGUGUGUCUGUACCUGAGAUACUGGCCUCCUGUGUGUCUGUACCUGAGAUACUGGCCUCCUGUGUGUCUGUACCUGGGAUACUGGCCUCCUGUGUGUCUGUACCUGAGAUACUGGCCUCCUGUGUGUCUGUACCUGAGAUACUGGCCUCCUGUGUGUUUUACCCUGGUAUACUAG